AUGAAAUCUCUUGUGUUGCAGGCGACUGAUAAAACCUUUGUGGAUAAACUGAACAGCACCUUCAAGGGGAACUCACACUUCCAGCCGUGUAGAGGCCACGUGCUAGGGUUCAGCAUCAUUCACUAUGCAGGGAAGGUUCAGUAUGCCUCCAGUGGCUUCCUAGAGAAGAAUAGAGACACUUUGCCAGCAAAUAUCCGGGGUCUCUUCAUCAACAGUGUCACCCCAUUACUGAGUGUGCUGUUUACAGCCACAGUCUCCAGAACAGGGACUUUGAUGCCUCACAUUAAAGCCAAGGUCUUGCCAGGAACAGACAAUAACUUCAACAACACACGGAAGCAAUCAGUGGGUGCUCAAUUCCGGCAUUCCCUAUCGGUGCUGAUGGAGCGAAUGUACUCUGCUAACCCACACUUUGUGCGCUGCAUCAAACCGAACAGCCAGAAGGAGCCGGGCGUGGUUGACAGCCAAGUGGUGCUGGAGCAGCUCAGGUACAAUGGAUUGCUGGAGACCAUCCAGAUUCGGCGAAACGGCUUUUCCUGGAGACCCUCUUUUGAGGAAUUUGCAGAAAGAUACCGAAUUCUCCUAAUUAAACCAGAUGUCCCGCUCACACAGGAAAGCUGCUUGGAGAUUUUGCGGAGUACAGAGCUGAAAGGCUGGAGAUGUGGGAAGUCCCGCCUCUUUUUUAAGUACUGGCACCAGGAGCUGCUGGCAAAGAGCAUGGACCGCUUGGAAAAGGCAGCAGUAAUCAUCCAGAAGACUUACAAGAGAUUCUGCUGUAGGAAGAUUUACCAGGAGCUGGUGGUUGAGCUCAGAGCCCGAGAGAAGCGCCUGCAGGAGGAAGCAGAGAGAGAGAGCAACAGGCAACUGGAACUGGAGUCCCAGGCCCAGAUUGCCUCGCCAGUCCCUGUGCCACGGAGGAGACGUCCUCAGCCCCUCCCACGUUCUCAGCCUGGAGCUGAUUCUCUGACACAGCCACCAGUACCACGCCCUCGCAGCAAACUCACAGAGUCGACUCCCUUUGAUAAUUUUUUGCGCUCCAGGCCCUGCCCUGUGCUGGGGACAAAGGGGCAGACAGGAGAAGAGGAAGAAAUGAGGCAAAUCAAGAGGGGAGCAACUCUCCGCUGGUUCAGAGAGACACAGGCCUGGAAGGUUAUGCAGGAUGAUGGGGCCUUUCCUGGCUGGCUGCAUGGGAUGAUCAGCAGGAGGGAAGCUGAGAACUUGCUGAUGGACAAGCCUCUGGGCUGCUUCCUGGUUCGAAUCAGUCAGAGCAGGCCAGGCUACACCCUGUCAUACAGGGGUGAGAGCCGCUGCAGACAUUACAUGAUUGAGAUGCAGCCCAAUGCACGCUACGUGAUCCUGGGGGAGGACCGAGCUCACACCUCGCUCACCGCGCUGGUCCAAUACCAUCAAACUGUGGGAAUCCAGCCCUUCAUGGAGACAUUGACUGUGCCCUGUGAGCAGAAAGGUGAUGGGGACUCUGAUUAUGAGGAGUUGAAAUUCCACACCCUGGCCCCAUGCCCAGCAGAUGGGGAGAAGCAGCCUCAAAAAGAACAGGCUGAUCUUAAUGGGGCACCUGCUGUCAGCCACAUCCAGCAUGCAGGAGCAACUGCUGUUCUCAAGCACAUGCGGUUCAUGAAAUCAAAGAAAUGCCAAGAGCAGCAGCUGAGCCCAGGCGAGGAGUGGGCGGAGCCAAGCCCAUGUCAGGCUGGGGUGGCCAGACGGGCCAUUCCUCGCCUCUACCCCUCCAUACGAUUGGCAAUGUGGGAAAUCCAGCAGUUUUCUUCCCACCCCUCAAAUGGCUCCUAUGCCGAGCCGAAGCCCCAGCACUGAAGGCAGCGGGGCCCACAGCAAGAGUGACAUGAUAAACCUGGCUCAGGCCCCGUCCUCCUCUGGUACCACAGGGCCCUGCAUCAUCUGGUAGAAGCACCUGGGGAGAUGGCAGCCUCUUCCACAUGCACAGGGCUGGCUCUGUACCCUAUGGACAAGACACUGGGAGAGAAGAACUUUCUGAGGCUUUUUGUCAUGCUCUGCCAUUGGGGAGCUGCUGUGCGGGCCACUCUCUGAUUCUGGCAGGAGGAGGUGAUGACAUGACCAAGAGCUGGGGUCAUUGUGCAAAUGUGUAUGGAAAUCUUGGUGGUGAUUUUUCUAAUAUAGCUGGAGAAUGAAUGCUGUGUACUUUGUGUGGUUAGAUGUUUGGCUGCGUGUGUGUUCUCCCUGUGUGCUGUCCCAGCUCUGCGCAGACAGCUGACGCAGCAGACCUCAAGCAAACCGCCCAAUGACCACAAGAUCCGUUAAGGUGCGAAGGCACCCGGCCAGGUUUAUU